CAACGGCGGUGGUGAUGUUUCAGUUGGUAUGAAAAUUUCGCGUAACACGAACGCUCGUCGGGGUUGCUCUUCAGCUUCGGAUUGUUUUCUCGUUACGUAAUUAUAAUCGCGAUCGGUGAUUACCGGCUAAAAAAUUUAAUCGUUCGGACUCCAAAAAUUACUUAUCGAGGUCGAGUAGAAUUUUUAUACUGCAUAAGUUACAUUUUUUUUUACAUAUUGGAAAAUUUCAAGUUGAGUGAUUUGUGCGUGAAUUUUUUCCCCACGAUGGAUAGUUCACGAGGUAAAAUUUCCAAAAUUAUUCGUCGUACGAACUGCGAAACAAUUUUGUGAAUGAAAAUGACUGCAUAUCGAUCAAGUUCACAUAUCGGAUCAUAUCGUCGGUGAUUUUAGUUAAUUUUUUUUCAAUUAGUAGAAAUUUUUUAGCAUAUCGAACGUUGUUUUUUUUUUCAAACGAGAUUUUUCCGCGUUUAGAAUUUAAUUCGCUAUCUAUACCGAUGUUUUCUCGAGCAAAUAUCACGAUCGGUUGUUGAUUUCGUUUAGAAAAUAUAGAAAAAGUCGACAGUAUGCGAAAAGGUGUUUGUGUCUGUGUGAUGUUACCUGUAUUUAUGUGAAGUUCAAUAUGCAUAUCUUGGAGGUAUUUUUCAUCCUAUGGAAUAUUUUGUACGCGCUUUCUGCCCGAGUUGAAAUCGCCGAGCAACAAGCGCCCAUUGUAUCCAUGGAGGCGGUCGAAGGACGCAGUGUGCAGUUACCAUGUGACGUAUCAUCGCCAAAUCCUGCCGAUAAAGUUUAUAUGGUGUUCUGGUUCAAAGCUGAUACAGGAAUACCAUUGUAUAGCUUCGAUGUUCGUGGAAUGCCAUUGAACCAAGCUCAUCAUAAUUCUGCUCCUGAAGUGUUCGGGUCAAGGGCACACUUUCGUACACUUUCCGAGCCGGCUAGUUUGGUGGUGGAAGAUAUCCGUAGACAUGAUCAAGGCGUGUACAGAUGCAGAGUGGAUUUCAGAAAUUCGGCUACCAGAAGCUUCCGUUAUAAUUUGACCAUUAUCGUUCCUCCGGAAAAACCAACGUUAUACGAUCGUUUUGGAAGGCAGCUGAAUAAAACUGUAGGACCGCACGAUGAAGGAGACGAUAUAAUGUUAACGUGCCGUGUAAUUGGUGGAAACCCGGAACCGACGGUACGAUGGCUGAUGAACGGUAAAGUGGUGGACGAAGAAUACGAGCAAAAUGCCGGCGACGUCAUCGAAAACCGAUUAACUUGGUCCGGCGUAACUCGCAAAGAUUUAAAUUCCGUUUUCACGUGCCAAGCGACCAAUACAAAAUUGACUGACCCGCAAGAAACCGGCGUAAUCUUAGAUUUAAGACUACGUCCACUUACCAUUGAAUUGUUCACAACUGAUACACCUUUAAUGGCUGAUCGAAGGUAUGAUAUUACUUGCGUAUCGACUGGAUCCAGACCACCGGCCAUUAUCACUUGGUAUAAAGGCAAUAAACCGUUGAGAAGGGUGAAGGAGGACAUCCGCACGAACGUAACAAAAAGCGAGCUCAGCUUCAUACCAUCAACAGACGACGACGGUAAAACAAUCACUUGUCGUGCUGAGAACCCAAACGUGACCGGAUUGUUUCUGGAGACGCAUUGGAAAAUCAGCGUGAUAUUUUCGCCGAUCGUGACUUUAAGACUGGGAAGCACGCUGAAAGCUGACGACAUUAAGGAAGGCGAUGACGUUUAUUUCGAAUGUCACGUCAAAGCGAAUCCUCCUUGGAAGAAAUUGAAUUGGUUACAUAACGGAGUGAUAAUGAAUCACAACUCGACAGCCAGAGUGAUCCGUAGCCAUCAUAGUUUGGUUUUGCAAAAACUCACUCGUCACAGCGCCGGUAGAUAUUCGUGUGUUGCUGCCAAUUCUGAAGGAGAGACUUAUAGCAAUGAAUUGACGUUCAGAGUGAAAUAUGCUCCCACCUGUCGCCACGAAAAAGGUAUGGUGAUCGGUGCUUCGAGAUCGGAAAGCCUAGAAAUCGUUUGCGAAAUCGACGCCGAUCCUCCGGCCCAAAGUUUUCGAUGGAAGUUCAAUAAUUCGGGCGAAACGUUGGACGUCGGCCCGGAGAGAUUUACCAGCAACGGUACCGUUAGCGUGUUGAAGUACACCCCAAUCGCCGAUUUGGAUUAUGGUACUUUAUCAUGCUGGGCCCAGAAUGCGAUUGGCAUGCAAGUGAUGCCUUGCGUUUAUCAGCUCGUCGCUGCCGGGAAACCGCAAAGCGUGCAGAAUUGCACGUUAUCAAACCAAACGAACAGUUCGGUGGAGGUGAAAUGCUCCCCUGGCUACGACGGCGGUCUUCCACAAGUGUUCACGUUGGAGGUAUACACGCCGUUUAGCGCUCUACCCGUGUACAACUUGACCGAAAAAGAAUGGCCGAAUUUCCGUUUAUCGAAUUUACAAGCGGAUGUUACUUUCAAGAUUUUAGUGAGCGCUGUCAACUCGAAAGGUCGCAGUCCACCCGUUAUCCUCGAAGAGUUCAGUUUCAAAGAUCCUGAAAAAAGAACAGCGGACGUGCUGGAUAUCAGGCGUAUGUCGCCAGUGCUCGGCAUAGCGAUCGGGACCAUUCUAGGAGUGAUACUACUAAUACUGCUGAUAUUCCUGAACAUGUGGAGAUCGAGGAGUUUAUUUGCUCGACGUACAAUGGACGAUAGUCCAGAACGGAAACACGAUCAAAUAACCGUCGCUCCUAUUGGCAAUCACUGUGAUGAUAUGAACCCGGAUAUUAUACCAGCCAAGUAUGAUCCGGUUAUUAUUAAUAGAAGAAGCCUGUACGCUGAUUCGAUUAAUCAUUCGCCAGCCAAUCAAAACUGGGAAAGUAGAAAUAGCAAUCAAGAUACGCUGAUAGAAAAUAGCAGUUCGACGUAUAAUAAAAUGAAUAACGUCGAAUACGAACCAUCGGAGCACUUUUGUCGGAGCACCGAAUCGAUAUCGUCGGUCAAAGUGAAAACAAUCAAUCAAAAAAAAGACGUCGAAAUAAACUGUACGGCUAUCAAGGAAACACUGAUGGCGAAUAGACUGCCAGAAAGCUGUGUAUAAUUUAUGUGGCGUAUAUAUCAAAUUAACUUUUCAUAUCUCAAUGUAACUUAAUAAUAUCAAAAUCGAUCCUCUCCCUUGUUCGUUUUUCCCCUCCCUGUUUUUUUUGUUUGUUUUUUUACGCAUUGUUUUCCUCAUUUUUUUUCUUCUUUUUUUCCAUUUUGUAUGUUAUCUAUUAAAAAGUUUUUAAUUUUAUUAAAGAAUUGUUUAUUAUAUGUAUUUAAACGGUUUUUAAAAGUUUGAAUUUUUAUAUCAAGUGUUUUACUCGAUUUUUUUCUUUAAAUAAAUUGUUUUAUUUUCAAU